ACUGCCAGUGAAGUGACCAUUUGUCCAUGUCCAUUGUGUUAGAGGAGGUUAGUCUAUUUAUAGGUGUAUAUCCCAGCGCUUAGCCUGUGCAACAAAGGCCUGUCAUUCCAGUCACAGUAGCUGCAGCGGCUGCUCGGAUCAGAAACCGAGGAGCUGAAGGAGACAAGUUUUCAACAAUAGCGACUGCCCCGUAGGCUAACAAUAACUUAGCUAAUUCUGACCUCCUCGUCCGCACCAUGCUGUGAGAUGACACCAGUGACAUAUGCUGUUAGGUCAUCAACGGCAUUUUUUUUGACAGUGAGUGAAGCAAGAGCAGGGAGGCUUUCAGCGCCUCCCUUUAUAUAGAUUGCACAAGUGUGGCCUCACCUCUUCACCCCAACCCAUUCAGCUCAUUCUCACAGACUCUCACUUUUCUUGACCUGGGAGCCUCAAGUGAUACUGGAGGAGCUGUUAAUGGUGCAGACAGACAUUACAUUGUAAGGAUGUGUUCUAGCAGUGUCAAACUUGAGUAUGUCGCACCUACUGUUGUUGACAUCACUGAGCUUAGUUUCACAAGCUGUUUAGUGCUAACACCCCAGUACAAAGUAGAUCGUAGACCAAAGGAGUAACACCUUUGCACACCCAAGGUGCUACUCCUUCCUUGGCCUGUUUCCUCUAUGUAAUCUACUUUUUCUUUUUAUGACUUGAAAGGAUCUCAUUUCUUCCCAUGUUGAUGUGUUUUAUGGACAGAGGGGCUGUUCUAUAAACAGUUUUAGUUUCACAUCCUGCUGCUAAAUCUUGGUCCAUGGCUGCUUUUGGCUCCAGUUAGAGAAGAUGACAGUGGUGGUGAGAAAGUUUCUAGUCAAAUAUUUCAUUGGCAUGAAUGUCAACGAGUGCAUUUACCUUUACAGAAUGUAAUGGUGUGGCCGUGUGCCGGGCUGUAGCAGGGCAUUGUCAGGGAAAGGUAGGCAAGCGCCAAACAUGUGAAGAACCAUGUGAGAAAUGUCACUAAGGUUGGUGGCAACACAGUCCUGACAGGCCUAUAAAUUAUAUGUAAUGAGCUGGUGACUUCCACACCAUCAUCACAACCUGUAUCAAAUAAAUACAAGAGGCAAUUGUGUGCACAGGUUGAAAUGUGUAAGGUUGGCGAAAGUUAGUAAUUAAUACAAAGUACAGUGUUAAAUUGUCCCAAAAAUUCUUAAUAUUCAGCAUCCACCUAGCCUUAACAUUGCCUUAGACUUUGAAUUUAACAUCGUUUAAAGAUGGGACUGGAUCACUCAGUUCAAAGACCACUGUGAAUGAUCGUAAUGAUCUGUUUUAAAGAUUUCAGAUAGUGUUCAAACAGUAUGUGGUGACCAGCUCUCAGGACUAGUUCAGAGGUCAAAUAACUUGGUCACCUGGAAGAAAACUGCCUUAUGGUGCCUCAGUAAGCUCUUUUUGUGGAUUUAUCCCAACUGUGGUGGUAGUCUGGCCUCUUUUCCAUUUUUCUCAUCAUUUACACUAAAAGGAAUUAUACUGCACACCGCCCAUCCAGGACAUCUCAUACUCGUUGCUUUUUGUCUGGAUUUUAAAACAUCACUUUCAUUUACUUCAUAAUGUUGCUGUCUAUAGUGUAGACAGUCAAGACAACAGUCUGAGAACAUCGGGGUGCUUGAAGUGAUUAAGUGCUUUAACCUUCAGUCUGCUCUUGAUAUUUUAAACCAGUUAUUCUGCUCUCUGUGUCCAAUGUCAGUCAUGACAACAAGGGGUGAGUGGUUACUAAAGAGGGGGUGUGUGUGUCUUUGUGGGUGUGCACACACUUUUUGCGAGCACACAAUACAGUGUAUGUGCUGUAUGAAGCGUGUGUCAAAGCAUCAUUUACCUGUCACUUCCUAAAGAGGACAUAGUUUAUAAAUAUCAUCCAGUAGAGCUGAGGGUUGGGGCUACAAAAGGCCACCCACAAUCUCCCCAUUGUUCACUGGCAUCAUUGUUGGUCUGACCUCCCAGCUGCUCAGCCAUGGCCCCCAAGAAAGCCAAGAAGAGGUCAGCAGAAGGAGCCAACUCCAAUGUGUUCUCCAUGUUUGAGCAGGCCCAGAUCCAGGAAUUCAAAGAGGCCUUCACUAUCAUGGACCAGAACAGAGACGGCUUCAUUGACAAGAACGACCUGAGAGACACUUUUGCUGCUCUAGGACGCCUGAAUGUGAAACAGGAAGAGAUUGAUGAGAUGCUCAAAGAGGCUCCUGGUCCAAUCAACUUUACCGUCUUCCUCACCAUGUUUGGUGAGAAGCUGAAAGGUGCCGAUCCAGAAGAGACCAUCCUCAAUGCAUUUAAAGUCUUUGACCCUGAGGGGAAAGGUGUGCUGAGGAAGGACUAUGUGACACAGAUGCUGACAACACAAGCAGACCGAUUCUCCCCUGAAGAGAUGGAGCAGAUGUUCACCGCCUUCCCCCCAGAUGUGGCAGGGAACCUGGACUACAAGAACCUGGUUCACAUCAUUACCCACGGAGAGGAAAAGGACCAGGAGUGAACUGUUUUGUCAAUGUGUCUGUCAAGUAGAAAGUCCGUCUCUCACCCGUACAUGACUCGAAACUGCCCCCCCGCCACUGGAGGUGAUAUAUGGACUGUUGUUUAUUUAUGCAGCUUUUAUGUUGGCAGCAUUGUUUCUGUACAGUGCUCACUCAAGAGCAAAAGAGGAUCAAGAUAUACAUUUCUCUUCCAGGCCCCGAAAAAUGGACAGAUGAUAGCAGCAACAUAGUGAGCUGUCUUGCUUCCAGUAUGUUUCCACAUUCACCUGAGACUAAUUUGAUUCUUUUCUUGGUGGUUUUGUACAGACUUAAAAAACACUUUGCCUUUUUUUCAUAGAAAAUAUCCAUUUGACAGGUCUGUCCAUGUUCGUCUAAUAAAAGAUUUCAAAGAUAGUUACCAGCCUGAUUUCUCAUUCUGAUGUUGAAGCAAUUAAGAGUCUCCAGCAAGAUGAUGAGGCAAAAAAACCCCAACAGACCCAAUAUAGACUCUGCAGAAGAGCUUAUACUCUUGUGAGUGGUCCUGGCGUUUAUGGGAUCAGAGGAUUACUGCUUGAACGCAUGGCUAUAUUAGCUACUCUUUUAAUUCCAUGUUAGGUAGUGAAUGUGUGUACUUGAGAAUAGUGGAUGUGUCGUUGGUGGUCCUCUGAAAUCCCAUAGAGAUUAAUCUGAAACAUGCGUGUGGCAUUGUUUGUGUAUGCGCUCAAAUAGACAGAGGCACACACAUGCACAGAGAGGGACACACGUGUAUUGUGUGCACACAGAAAAAUGUUUGGCUACCGAAACAGAGGGCUUU